AUGGACUUGGGUCCACCUAUAUCACACUCUCCUGCCAAUGGGCAGACAACUGCGGAAUCCGCUCCAACUACUAGCGUGCCAGCUACCGGACCCGCUACGGUGGCCCAUCCCCCUGUUCAGAAGGACUUACCAGCGGUCCCACCGGCUUCCAGUGGACCGGUCAAUGCGCAUCCUGCGAGUGCCCCUAACACUGCUGGACAGACCGCCAGUGGUCCAACGGUAGAUAGCAGCAACACCGACCAUCCAGCAGCACAGCAAAUCCUUCACGAAAAACCUCACGAGGCUGCUGUCCCAUCUGUUCCAUCUACCGAAACACACCCAUCAGAUCCGUCAAGGGGAACGACCGGACCAGCAGCUCAUGCAGGUCAAGCUCAAGCUCCCACAGCCUCUAUCGAUCCAAACAAGCCUUCGUCCGAGUCUGCUCCAACGGCUUUACCUACCAAUUCUGCAACCCACCCAGAUGAGCAGAAGAAAGCGAUUCAGAAUGAACACCCCGCUGUGGUCCAUCGAGAGGUCGAGAAGACAAAAGCGGAAGCCAGGGAGCUCAAAGGCGAAAAACCCAAAGGAACGGUUGUAGCUGGUAUAGAAGAUGAUAGACUCUGGGCAAUGUUGAGACGAUUUGACGUGCAAAUUACACAUGUGCUUCACCCUGCUCAUCACCUGCCACCCAAAGAACCGGACUUACGACCCUCAACUUUACCCAACCUUCCCUCUCAUUCCGAUGUCUUGCGAUCAAAUCUCGAAAGGGUAUUUGCAGCUGUUGGCCCAUCCUCUGUGAUGGGUCUGAGAGAAGUUCAACGAAUGAUGUCUUGGGCACCCGAAGAACGAUGGAGAACUGGAUCAUUCUGUGCUGCGUAUUUCAUCUGUUGGAUAUUCGGCUACGCUGUUGCAGGUAUGGUAUCAUUCUUCAUCGCUAUAGUGUGUUUCCCAAGUUGUAGAAGAUGGUUCUUCCCUCCUGUCGCUCCUGCACCAUUCACUCCUCCUAGUGCUACCGACCCUACCAACCAGAAAGGUGAUGAAAGUAUACUGGGAAACGUAGAUGGAAAAACAGUUCAUAGGAGUAAGGCCGAACAGGCUGAGGAACAAGCUUUCGAAGCUACAAGUAUCUUGCAGGCCUAUACGACUAGGUUACUCUUUGACGGACGAAAGAAAGGCAAAGAAGCUGGUAAUUCGAGUGUAGGAGAGAAGAAACGUAAAAGUGAUACCGAUUCCGAAUCGGACUCCGAGCCCGAUGACGAUGUACCCCCUGGUCAACCUGGCGUAUCUCGUGAAAAGCACGGUAAAGAUCAAUCGCAAGGUCUCGAGUCCGGAGCUGUCGUCGUUGGUGGGGAGACGGUCACACCUGAUAAACCUCUGAGCGAGAAGGAAAAAAAGAAGUUGGCUCAAAGAGAAGCUAAGAGGAAGAGGGAUGAAAUGGUGUCGAAAAUGACUAAAGCUACGGAAGAAGGAUUAGGUGCUUUCGCUGACAUGAUGGAAAGAAUGACCAACGCUCUUUCCCCUCCUGCACCUUACCCAGACUCUUACGCUCGAUUUAAAAUUGCCGGCGCAUUCCUCGUUCCUAUCAUGUUUUUGUUCACCUUCGUUCCACCCUGGGUAUUCGCCAGGUCCGCUACUUUCUUCUUCGGUGUCGGAUUCUGGGGUCAACCUUUAUUGAUCAGAGCUGGAAAGGAAAUGAUCAAGUACCUGCCACCAAACUGGGAAGAAUUGAUAGAUAUCCGAAACUCAAUCCUAUCUGGCGUUCCUACCGAUGCACAAUUGACUCUUCACCUGUUACGAGUUGCAGAAGCACUCAACGCUCCGUUGCCCCGACCACCUCCACCCCCUCUCGAAGGUACUCCAAAAGAAGCGAUUAAAGAUACUACUCCUGCGACCGUCACAGCCGAAGACGAUGCGGAAGUUAUGGAAGCUGAAGAAGAAGGCGGACUUACCGAAGCUACCACGAAAGCCAAGCACAAGACUAAAUCUCACAUAUUGGGAGCUUUCAAAGCCGCUGGGAAAAAGAUGGCCGCUUUCCAUGGAGAUGUCGCAGUGGAUGGUAGUAAAAAACAGGCACGUAGUGAGGCUAUCGAACGUGGAGAAACGGAUCUGACGACUGGGGAAAAGAUCGGAUCCAAAGUGGACCAGUUGUUCUUCAAGGGACAUAUCAAAGAUGAUGGUACACCUCAUUCUUACCCAUGUAAACUUGAUAAAACUUCUGGACACAUUAUCCUGGAAAAUAGGAAUGAUAUUGUGAAAGAACCUAGAAUCACGUUCGUACCUAUUUCUGGGAAAUCAGAACACUUUGUUUGGCCUGUUGACGAUAUUGUUGAGAUCAAGAAGAGUCACGUAUCAAUGCCUCGUAUGGCCCUAGGAUGGGCCUCAGGAGCUGAAAUCGAAGGAUUGGGACUGACGAUCCGAUUCAAACCUCGUACUCAACAGAUUGCUGAGCAUGUAGGAAGUGAGAAAGAUGAAGGUACAACGAUCCAUCUUACUAGGGUAGGAAGGAGAGAGGAGCUUUUCGUAAGACUGGUCAGUAUGGGUGUACAGAGAUGGGAGGUCCUUUAG